AUGAAGAUCUUCCAGGACAAGAGUUACCUACUGGUUGUGCUUUUUUUGUAUAUUAGCCUUUUUGGCAGAAUUGAGAAUAGGAUAGUAGACGAAGUGAAGUAUAAUGAAGAAGUAUGUAAUGAGAGUGUCGAUUUAUAUGUACUAGUAGAUGGAUCGGGAAGUAUAGGAUAUGCCAACUGGAUUAUCGGUGUCACACCAAUGUUAGAUGGGCUGAUUAAAAAUUUAAACAUUUCAAGAGAUUCAAUUAACUUAUAUAUGAACUUAUUUGCAAACAGAUCAAGAGAACUUAUUAGAUUGGGAAGUGGUGCAUCUAUUGAUAAAACUGAAGCAUUAAAAGUAGUACAUAAUUUAAGGAAAACAUAUGUUCCAUAUGGUACAACAAAUUUGUCUUCUGCGUUAUAUGAAGUUCUAAUGCAUUUGAAAGAUAAAGUCAACAGAGAAAACGCAAUUCAGUUAGUUAUAAUUCUAACAGAUGGUGUACCAAAUAAUAGGGUUAAUGCUUUAGAAUUAUCAAAAGAAUUAAAAUCAAAAAAUGUAAAAUUGGCAAUUAUUGGAAUUGGACAAAAGAUCAAUCAUAGUUAUAAUAAAAUAUUAGCUGGAUGUGAUAUCCGUGAACCAAAUUGUAAAUUCUAUUCACAUGCUAAUUGGAACGAAGCAGUAUCAAUUAUAAAUCCAUUUAUAAAUAAAGUAUGUACUGAAGUAGAAAGGGUUGCUAAUUGUGGUUCAUGGGGAGAAUGGUCCCCUUGUACUGUUACUUGUGGAAAGGGAACAAAAAGUAGAUCAAGACCAUCAAUGCAUGAAAAAUGCACAACUCACAUGAUUUCUGAAUGUGAAGAAGAAGCAUGCCCAGUUGAACCUCUACCAGUACCUGUUCCAGCACCUAUCCCAUCCAACCCUGAGGACACUACUCCCCGUAAUAAUGAUGAUGAUGAUGAUCACCCUAAUUUUAGGAAAGGUCUAGAUGUUCCAGAUGAUGUAGAAAAUGAUACUCCACCUGUAGAGGAUAAUAACAAUGAAGAAAAUCCAAAAGAGUCAAAUGAUUUCCCACCAGCUGACGAUUCUGUACCUGAUGAAGAAAACGUUAUACCAUUAGUACCAGCUGUUCCAAGUGACACAAAUGAUGAUUUGGUUUCAGAAGCUGAAAAAAAUAUAUCAGAGAAUCCAGAAGAACCACAGGUAGAAGAAGUAGAACAAGUAGAACAACCAUCUUCUGAUGAAACAACUAAUGAAAAAACAGCAAAUCCUUCUAACCAUGAUAAAAAACGUGAACAAAAUAUUCCAAAAACAUUAGACAACGAAAAAGAUAUAAAUAACAAUAACAAAGGUGUGCAUCCUAAUAAAAAUGAUCAUUCUCAUGACAGAUACCCAAAACCACACACAUCAUCAAACGCAGGAGGAUAUAAUAAUAGACCAAGUGUAAAUUCAGAUAUCCCCAAUACACCUGUACAAUCUGAGUAUGAAUCUCAAGAUAAUGGAAAAAAGUCAACAAAUAAUGGAUACAAAAUUGCAGGUGGUGUUAUUGCCGGAUUGGCUUUAGUUGGAUGUGUUGGAUUUGCUUAUAACUUUAUAGCACAUGGUAGCGCUGCAGCAAUGGGAGGUGAACCUGCUCCUUUCGAUGAGGCAAUGGCAGAAGAUGAUAAAGAAACAGGAGAAGGAGAUCAAUUCAAGUUACCAGAGGAUAAUGAUUGGAACUGA